GCCCAGCUCCGAGAGACGCCAGUGCUCCCUCCCUGGCAUUUAACACCACCACCACCACCACUCAGCCAUCUCCUUUACGCACCGGUUUCUGCAUCUACCCACCUACACGUGUCAAAAUGGCGCCCAUAAGUGAAGCUACUAAUGGGAAGCAAAAUGGUUUUGGAGAACACAAACACCGCCCUGUGGCGGGAAUAUUCCUGGAGAAGACAAAGGAGAAGAAGACUAUCUAUGAGGCCAUGAAGAAGCGUCUUCUCAAGCCUGGAACUGCACUAGCCCUGCUCGAGGCUCAAGCGGCUACUGGCGGGAUUCUUGACCCAGUAAACAAUCGCACACUUACUGUGGAGGAGGCCAUCAAAGCUCAAAUAGUUGGACCUGAGAUGAGAGAGAAACUGCUGGCAGCAGGGAGAGCCGUUGAUGGUUAUGUUGACUCUUCCACCAAUGAAACAAUCUCUGUAUACCAAGCCAUACAAAAGGAUUUACUACCAAAGGAGUAUGGAUUGAGGCUACUCGAAGCACAGAUGUCUACACAUGGUCUCUUCGACCCGAUUGAGAAGAAAUGCAUUGCGGUGGAAUCUGCCAUUGAAAAGGGCUACUAUGAGAAAGGUCUGCUCAAUAACAAGAUGGAAGAACUCAAAGUUUUCUACAAUCCAAAUACACAAGAAAACCUCAACUACAGCCAUCUCCUCGAGAAAUGCACUGUCGAGCCUGAGACCGACAUGGUGCUUCUGCCGAUCUUCAUCACCUUCAAAGGCCUGCGUCGGGGUGUGUCCUCCUCUGAGCUGCUGGCAUCCAACAUCAUCAACAAAGAAACCUAUGAUGACCUGCAGAUGGGCAGGACCACAACUCAGGACGUCAUGCUCAUGGAGACAGUGAAGGAAUUCCUGCAGGGGAAAGGGAGCAUCUCUGGAGUAGCAGUGUUCUCCACCAAUGAGCGGAUGAGCAUCUAUAAAGCCAUGAAGCAAGGCAUCUUGAUGCCUGGAACCGCGCUGGUCCUCUUGGAAGCCCAAGCCGCCACUGGAUUCAUGUUUGACCCUGUGAAGAACAGAAAAUACAGCGUGGAUGAGGCGGUCAAAAACAAAGUUGUUGGCCCCGAAUUCCAUGCCAAGCUUCUCUCUGCCGAGCGGGCAGUAACGGGUUACAAAGACCCUUACACUGGUGAGACAAUAUCUCUGUUCGAAGCGCUAUCAAAGGAUCUCAUGGUGAAGGAGCACGGGAUACGCUUACUUGAGGCUCAGAUUGCCACCGGUGGUAUAAUAGACCCGAUAAACAGCCACAGACUUCCAGUAGAAGUGGCCUACAAGAGGGGCUUUUUAACGGAAGACAUGAAUGCCAUCCUGGAAGACUCCGGCGACGACACCAAAGGCUUCUUUGACCCAAACACCAAAGACAAUCUCACCUAUCUUGAGCUGAUGGAGAGAUGCGUCAUUGACCCAGCCACGGGGCUCUGCCUGCUUCCUCUUAUUGGGAAAUCAGACAAGUUGAAUAUCAGCUUCAUCGACUAUGACACUAAAAUGGAACUGAAGCAAACAAUGGUGAAAGUGACGUGUGGAAAAUACAUGGGAAUGACGGUGUCACUGUGGGAAUUGCUGAUGUCAGAAUACUUUGAUGAAAACCAGAGGCAGGAAAUCAUCAACAAGUACAAACAGGGAAAACUCACGAUCAAGACGGUCACUACGACAGUCCUGGAAAUCAUAGAGAAAUCUGUGAAAACAACUACCGUCGUCUUUGAGGGAAUCCGAGAAACUGUCACCGGAAAGCAGUUACUCGAGGCAGAUAUCAUCACUGAUAAGGACCUGGAGGAGCUGGAAAUGGGAAAGAUCUCAGUGAACAAGCUUAAAGAAGAUGAGACCGUCCGCAUGUAUUUGCAAGGGAAAAGUAGCAUCGCCGGUGUCCUUCUUCCAAAUUCUCAGAUCAUGACCAUCUACCAAGCCCGACAGAAGGCAUUGCUCAGGCCGGGUACAGCUCUGAUUCUGCUUGAGGCCCAGGCAGCAACCGGGUUUGUCAUCGACCCCAUUGCUAACAGGAAGUUCUCAGUGGAGGAGUCUGUGAAGGCCGGAAUUAUCGGGGCAGACGUUUACCAAAAGUUAUGCUCAGCGGAGAGGGCGGUCACAGGGUACAAAGAUCCCUCAGACGGCAAAACAAUCUCCUUGUUUCAAGCAAUGCAGAGGGACCUCAUCAUCCGCGAGCACGGAAUUCGUCUGCUCGAGGCACAGAUUGCAACGGGUGGAAUUAUUGACCCGAUAAACAGUCAUCGCAUUCCUGUCCAGGUGGCCUAUAAGAGAGGUCUGUUCGACGAGGUGAUGAACCAGGUCCUAGACGACCCCAGUGAUGACACCAAAGGAUUCUUUGACCCAAACACCCACGAAAAUCUGACUUACCUUCAGCUCAUGGACAGAUGUGUGACCGAUCCAAGCACAGGAUUGUGCCUUCUGCCCCUCAAAGGUAAAGUGCAUAAGAUCAAGAUUGAUGAUACCCUUCGGGAGGUCUUCAGAAGCACGAUGGUCACUGUAAAGUAUGGCAGAUUCCGUGGCAAGCAAACAACACUGUGGGAUCUGAUCAAUUCAGAAUAUCUCUCAGAGGAAAAAAGACAGGAACUUUUCAAGCUCUACAAGUCACGAAAGAUGACUUUGGAACAGAUCACUGUCACCAUUUUAGAGAUUGUCGAGAUAAGGGAAUUGAAACAUCAAGCAGAUCUGAAUUUUGACUGUCUCAGGGGAAAGGUCUCUGUUUUGGAUCUCUUGGGAUUAGAUAUUGUGGAUAAUUCAAUUUACAAUGGUUUGCUAGAAGGGACACUAUCAGGAAGUGAGGUAAGGAAGAUGGAAAGUGUCAGAACUUACCUUCAAGGAAAAAGCUGUGUAGCUGGCAUGAUACUACAGCCAUCUAACCAGAAGCUAAGCAUCUAUGAAGCUCAGAAGAAGGGCUUCAUAACACCCAGUACUGCCCUGUGUCUUCUCGAGGCCCAAGCUGCCACAGGAUUCAUAGUAGAUCCCACAAAUAACCAGAAAUGUACAGUGGCACAGGCUUUACAAGACAAGCUCAUAAGUCCACACAUGUAUGAAAAGCUCCUAUCUGCUGAAAGAGCUGUGACAGGGUACAAAGAUCCAUACACGGACAAAAAAAUCUCCCUUUUCCAGGCAUUGAAAAAGGAUCUGAUUGUGAAGGAACAUGGCAUCCGUUUGCUUGAGGCCCAGAUAGCUACAGGCGGCAUCAUUGACCCCAUAAGGUGCCUUCACUUACCCCUCAACAUUGCCUACAGGGAGGGAUACUUCGAUGCAGAACUUAACCAGAUCCUGACAGACCCUACUGAUGACACUAAAGGCUUUUUUGACCCGAACACCAAAGCAAAUCUGACAUACAUGGAGAUGUUAGGCAAAUGUGUCAAAGAUACAGAAACAGGCCUGUUUCUACUGCCAUUAAAUGAAAAAGGCACUUCUACAGGAACAAAGGUGGAAACAUAUACUGACGAAGAAAUCAGGCAAGUGUUUGAAAAAACCCUUGUAACCAUAUCAGUGGGCCUUUACUCAGGAAGAAACAUUUCGCUUUGGGAGUUGAUCCAUUCUGGAUAUUUCACAGAGGAUCAGCGGCGGGAAUUAAUAGCAGAAUAUAGGACAAAGAAAACAACCACACAGAGCAUAACCACCACAGUGAUUACCACCAUUACAAAACUGGAACAGGCCGAAACUCACAAGACCGUAAUGGGCCUCAGAAAACCGGUAUUUGCCAAACAGCUCCUGGAAUGUGACAUCAUUGAUGUAAAGACAUUUAGUUGUUUGGAGGAAGGCACACUUACUUUCGAAGAGGUCUCUAAACGUGACUUGGUGCAGAAAUACCUGAAAGGAACUGGAAACAUUGCUGGGAUUGUGAGUCACCCAUCCAAGAAGACCUUGAGCAUCUAUGAAGCAAGAGAACAAGGGCUGUUGACAGCAGCUUCUGCACUUAUUUUGCUGGAAGCCCAGGCUGCAACAGGGUUCAUCGUUGACCCGGUCAAAGCUAAAUGCUAUACUGUUAAGGAAGCAGCAAGGGACAAAUGUGUUGGUGCAGAUCUACAUGAGCAAUUGCUUUCAGCCGAGCAGGCUGUGACAGGCUAUGCGGACCCUUUCACAGGUGCUAAAAUCUCUCUCUUUGAAGCAAUGGGCAAAGACUUGGUCACGAAAAGCCAGGGCAUUCGACUUCUGGACGCGCAAAUGGGAACCGGCGGGAUUAUCGACCCGAUUCAAAGUCACCGGAUACCUCUUCAUGUUGCAAUGAAAAAGGGAUACUUUAGUGAGGAAAUGAAUCAAAUGAUGUCUGCCCUCAAUGAUAACACAAAGGCCUUCUUUGACCCAAACACCAAGACAGCGGUCACUUAUCUCGAAUUGAAAGAGCGCUGUGAGAAAGACCAUGAGACUGGGCUCCUUCUUCUACCCAUCCAUGAAGAAGGGUCCCGUGAUUUUCAUACAGACAACCAGACCGAGCUGGCAUUCCAGAACUGUACAAUGACCGUAGAUGCAGGAAAGUUUCAAGGCAAGAGUACUACUUUGUGGGAGGUGUUGAACUCGGCAUACAUUUCUAAACAAAAAAGGGAGCAGUUACUUCAGCAAUACAGGUCAGGAGCCAUGAAGAUGGACCAGAUCAUUGAAAUUGUCACCACAAUCAUAAUUGAGGUGACGUCCAAGGAGAAGAAGUUCAAAGGUCUAAGGAAGAGGGUCUCCGCCAGUGAACUUUAUGAAUCAAAAAUUAUCUCAAAAGACCUCUUCACACAAAUUGUACAAGGAGAACUCACUGAAGAUACUAUCAAUAAAAUGGAAUCCAUUCAGAAGUACCUUGGGGCCACCAACUGUAUAGCUGGUGUCAGGGUCGAAUCAACCAAAAAGGUAAUGAGCAUAUAUGAGGCCAAGUCUAAAGGACUGCUGGCUCCUGGAACAUCUCUUAUACUCCUUGAAGCGCAAGCAGCCACUGGCUUCGUCAUCGACCCAUUAAACAACAAGAAAAUGUCAGUAGAUGAAGCUGUAGCUCAAGGUGUGGUUGGCUCUGAAUGGAAAAGGAAACUGCUUUCAGCUGAAAGGGCAGUGACUGGAUACAAGGACCCCUACACUGGAAACAUAAUUUCUUUGUUCCAGGCAUUGCAGAAGGACCUCAUUGUAAAGGACCAUGGAAUUCGUCUCCUUGAAGCACAAAUCGCUACAGGGGGCAUCAUAGACCCAGUGUACAGCCACAGAGUGCCAGUAGAGGUUGCCUACCAAAGAGGGUACUUUGAUGAGAAAAUGAAUCAGAUCCUAUCAGAUUCUGAUGAUGACACCAAAGGCUUCUUUGACCCAAACACACAUGAGAACCUCACCUAUCUCCAGCUGCUCGAGAGAUGCUUCAAAGACCCCACCACAGAUUUGAGUCUGCUGGUCAUUACAAAGAAGGGACAGUUUUACUUUUUUGUUGAUGAGGCAACAAAACUCAUUCUGAAAUCAACCACAACAACCCGGGCUGGAGGAAAAUACCAAGGAAAGACUGUUGCUCUGUGGGAGCUUCUGUAUUCCAAGUACAUCACUGAAGAGGAAAGGAGGGAGCUGGUCCAGCAGUACAAGUCUGGAGCCAUUAAUAUUGAACGCUUCAUGGAGAUCAUUCUCACCACCAUUCAGCAGCAGAACGACACAACCACAACAACAUCAAUGGUAUCGUGCAAACCUCCAGAAAUUGACUCAAAUGCCAGCAUCACCAAAACCACCAUCACCACAACCACAUCUACCAAUUCCACUCAAAGUAACGCCUUCCAUGGAAUCAGAAAGGACGUCAGUGCCACUGAGCUCCUGGAAUCUAAAAUCAUUGACAAGAAGCUCUUUGAAGAUCUCAACACUGGAAAGGUCACUGUGACAGAGGUCAGCGAGAUGGACUCUGUGCGCCAGUAUUUGGUGGGAACCAACAGUAUUGCAGGAGUGUACCUUCAGUCCAACCAGGAAACCAUGAGCAUCCACCAGGCCAAGUCCAAGGGUCUGCUCACCCCUGGAACCUCCCUGGUCCUGCUUGAGGCGCAAGCAGCCACUGGCUUCAUCAUAGACCCAGUGAAUAACAAGAAACUCUCAGUAGAAGAAGCGGCAGCUCAAGGUGUGAUUGGCCAUGACUGGAAAAAGAAACUGCUUUCAGCUGAAAGAGCGGUGACUGGAUACAUAGAUCCUCACACUGAUAAGACCAUUUCUUUGUUCCAGGCCUUGCAGAAGGACCUCAUUGUAAAGGAUCAUGGAAUUCGUCUCCUUGAAGCACAAAUAGCUACAGGGGGCAUCAUAGACCCAGUGUACAGCCACAGAGUGCCAGUAGAGGUUGCCUACCAAAGAGGGUACUUUGAUGUGGAAAUGAACCAGAUCCUGUCUGAUCCUGAUGAUGACACCAAGGGCUUUUUCGACCCAAACACACAUGAGAACCUCACCUAUCUCCAGCUGGUGGAAAGAUGCAUCAGAGAUCCAAAAACAGGGUUGAGUCUGCUGGUCAUUGCAAAGAAGGGAGAGUUUUACUUUUUUGUUGAUGAGGCAACAAAACUCAUUCUGAAAUCAACAACAACGACCCGAGCUGGAGGAAAAUACCAAGGAAAGACUGUUUCCCUGUGGGACCUUCUGUACUCCAAAUACAUCACUGAAGAGAAAAGGAGGGAGCUGGUCCAGCAGUACAAGUCUGGAGCCAUUAACAUUGAACGCUUCAUGGAGAUCAUUCUCACCACCAUUCAGCAGCAGACCACAACAACCACAACAUCCUCAAUGGUGCAUUCCAUACCCCCAGAAAUUGACUCAAAUGCCAGCAUCACCAAAACAACCAUCACCACAACCACAGCUACCAAGUCCACUCACAGUAACGCCUUCCAUGGAAUCAGAAAGGACGUCACUGCCACUGAGCUCCUGGAAUCUAAAAUCAUUGACAAGAAGCUCUUUGAAGAUCUCAACACUGGAAAGGUCACUGUGACAGAGGUCAGCGAGAUGGACUCUGUGCGCCAGUAUUUGGUGGGAACCAACAGUAUUGCAGGAGUGUACCUUCAGUCCAACCAGGAAACCAUGAGCAUCCACCAGGCCAAGUCCAAGGGUCUGCUCACCCCUGGAACCUCCCUGGUCCUGCUUGAGGCGCAAGCAGCCACUGGCUUCAUCAUAGACCCAGUGAAUAACAAGAAACUCUCAGUAGAAGAAGCGGCAGCUCAAGGUGUGAUUGGCCAUGACUGGAAAAAGAAACUGCUUUCAGCUGAAAGAGCGGUGACUGGAUACAUAGAUCCUCACACUGAUAAGACCAUUUCUUUGUUCCAGGCCUUGCAGAAGGACCUCAUUGUAAAGGAUCAUGGAAUUCGUCUCCUUGAAGCACAAAUAGCUACAGGGGGCAUAAUAGACCCAGUGUACAGCCACAGAGUGCCAGUAGAGGUUGCCUACCAAAGAGGGUACUUUGAUGUGGAAAUGAACCAGAUCCUGUCUGAUCCUGAUGAUGACACCAAGGGCUUUUUCGACCCAAACACACAUGAGAACCUCACCUAUCUCCAGCUGGUGGAAAGAUGCAUCAGAGAUCCAAAAACAGGGUUGAGUCUGCUGGUCAUUGCAAAGAAGGGAGAGUUUUACUUUUUUGUUGAUGAGGCAACAAAACUCAUUCUGAAAUCAACAACAACGACCCGAGCUGGAGGAAAAUACCAAGGAAAGACUGUUUCCCUGUGGGACCUUCUGUACUCCAAAUACAUCACUGAAGAGAAAAGGAGGGAGCUGGUCCAGCAGUACAAGUCUGGAGCCAUUAACAUUGAACGCUUCAUGGAGAUCAUUCUCACCACCAUUCAGCAGCAGACCACAACAACCACAACAUCCUCAAUGGUGCAUUCCAUACCCCCAGAAAUUGACUCAAAUGCCAGCAUCACCAAAACCACCAUCACCACAACCACAGCUACCAAGUCCACUCACAGUAACGCCUUCCAUGGAAUCAGAAAGGACGUCACUGCCACUGAGCUCCUGGAAUCUAAAAUCAUUGACAAGAAGCUCUUUGAAGAUCUCAACACUGGAAAGGUCACUGUGACAGAGGUCAGCGAGAUGGACUCUGUGCGCCAGUAUUUGGUGGGAACCAACAGUAUUGCAGGAGUGUACCUUCAGUCCAACCAGGAAACCAUGAGCAUCCACCAGGCCAAGUCCAAGGGUCUGCUCACCCCUGGAACCUCCCUGGUCCUGCUUGAGGCGCAAGCAGCCACUGGCUUCAUCAUAGACCCAGUGAAUAACAAGAAACUCUCAGUAGAAGAAGCGGCAGCUCAAGGUGUGAUUGGCCAUGACUGGAAAAAGAAACUGCUUUCAGCUGAAAGAGCGGUGACUGGAUACAUAGAUCCUCACACUGAUAAGACCAUUUCUUUGUUCCAGGCCUUGCAGAAGGACCUCAUUGUAAAGGAUCAUGGAAUUCGUCUCCUUGAAGCACAAAUUGCUACAGGGGGCAUCAUAGACCCAGUGUACAGCCACAGAGUGCCAGUAGAGGUUGCCUACCAAAGAGGGUACUUUGAUGUGGAAAUGAACCAGAUCCUGUCUGAUCCUGAUGAUGACACCAAGGGCUUUUUCGACCCAAACACACAUGAGAACCUCACCUAUCUCCAGCUGGUGGAAAGAUGCAUCAGAGAUCCAAAAACAGGGUUGAGUCUGCUGGUCAUUGCAAAGAAGGGAGAGUUUUACUUUUUUGUUGAUGAGGCAACAAAACUCAUUCUGAAAUCAACAACAACGACCCGAGCUGGAGGAAAAUACCAAGGAAAGACUGUUUCCCUGUGGGACCUUCUGUACUCCAAAUACAUCACUGAAGAGAAAAGGAGGGAGCUGGUCCAGCAGUACAAGUCUGGAGCCAUUAACAUUGAACGCUUCAUGGAGAUCAUUCUCACCACCAUUCAGCAGCAGACCACAACAACCACAACAUCCUCAAUGGUGCAUUCCAUACCCCCAGAAAUUGACUCAAAUGCCAGCAUCACCAAAACCACCAUCACCACAACCACAGCUACCAAGUCCACUCACAGUAACGCCUUCCAUGGAAUCAGAAAGGACGUCACUGCCACUGAGCUCCUGGAAUCUAAAAUCAUUGACAAGAAGCUCUUUGAAGAUCUCAACACUGGAAAGGUCACUGUGACAGAGGUCAGCGAGAUGGACUCUGUGCGCCAGUAUUUGGUGGGAACCAACAGUAUUGCAGGAGUGUACCUUCAGUCCAACCAGGAAACCAUGAGCAUCCACCAGGCCAAGUCCAAGGGUCUGCUCACCCCUGGAACCUCCCUGGUCCUGCUUGAGGCGCAAGCAGCCACUGGCUUCAUCAUAGACCCAGUGAAUAACAAGAAACUCUCAGUAGAAGAAGCGGCAGCUCAAGGUGUGAUUGGCCAUGACUGGAAAAAGAAACUGCUUUCAGCUGAAAGAGCGGUGACUGGAUACAUAGAUCCUCACACUGAUAAGACCAUUUCUUUGUUCCAGGCCUUGCAGAAGGACCUCAUUGUAAAGGAUCAUGGAAUUCGUCUCCUUGAAGCACAAAUCGCUACAGGGGGCAUCAUAGACCCAGUGUACAGCCACAGAGUGCCAGUAGAGGUUGCCUACCAAAGAGGGUACUUUGAUGUGGAAAUGAACCAGAUCCUGUCUGAUCCUGAUGAUGACACCAAGGGCUUUUUCGACCCAAACACACAUGAGAACCUCACCUAUCUCCAGCUGGUGGAAAGAUGCAUCAGAGAUCCAAAAACAGGGUUGAGUCUGCUGGUCAUUGCAAAGAAGGGAGAGUUUUACUUUUUUGUUGAUGAGGCAACAAAACUCAUUCUGAAAUCAACAACAACGACCCGAGCUGGAGGAAAAUACCAAGGAAAGACUGUUUCCCUGUGGGACCUUCUGUACUCCAAAUACAUCACUGAAGAGGAAAGGAGGGAGCUGGUCCAGCAGUACAAGUCUGGAGCCAUUAACAUUGAACGCUUCAUGGAGAUCAUUCUCACCACCAUUCAGCAGCAGACCACAACAACCACAACAUCCUCAAUGGUGCAUUCCACACCCCCAGAAAUUGACUCAAAUGCCAGCAUCACCAAAACCACCAUCACCACAACCACAGCUACCAAGUCCACUCACAGUAACGCCUUCCAUGGAAUCAGAAAGGACGUCACCGCCACUGAGCUCCUGGAAUCUAAAAUCAUUGACAAGAAGCUCUUUGAAGAUCUCAACACUGGAAAGGUCACUGUGACAGAGGUCAGCGAGAUGGACUCUGUGCGCCAGUAUUUGGUGGGAACCAACAGUAUUGCAGGAGUGUACCUUCAGUCCAACCAGGAAACCAUGAGCAUCCACCAGGCCAAGUCCAAGGGUCUGCUCACCCCUGGAACCUCCCUGGUCCUGCUUGAGGCGCAAGCAGCCACUGGCUUCAUCAUAGACCCAGUGAAUAACAAGAAACUCUCAGUAGAAGAAGCGGCAGCUCAAGGUGUGAUUGGCCAUGACUGGAAAAAGAAACUGCUUUCAGCUGAAAGAGCGGUGACUGGAUACAUAGAUCCUCACACUGAUAAGACCAUUUCUUUGUUCCAGGCCUUGCAGAAGGACCUCAUUGUAAAGGAUCAUGGAAUUCGUCUCCUUGAAGCACAAAUCGCUACAGGGGGCAUCAUAGACCCAGUGUACAGCCACAGAGUGCCAGUAGAGGUUGCCUACCAAAGAGGGUACUUUGAUGUGGAAAUGAACCAGAUCCUGUCUGAUCCUGAUGAUGACACCAAGGGCUUUUUCGACCCAAACACACAUGAGAACCUCACCUAUCUCCAGCUGGUGGAAAGAUGCAUCAGAGAUCCAAAAACAGGGUUGAGUCUGCUGGUCAUUGCAAAGAAGGGAGAGUUUUACUUUUUUGUUGAUGAGGCAACAAAACUCAUUCUGAAAUCAACAACAACGACCCGAGCUGGAGGAAAAUACCAAGGAAAGACUGUUUCCCUGUGGGACCUUCUGUACUCCAAAUACAUCACUGAAGAGGAAAGGAGGGAGCUGGUCCAGCAGUACAAGUCUGGAGCCAUUAACAUUGAACGCUUCAUGGAGAUCAUUCUCACCACCAUUCAGCAGCAGACCACAACAACCACAACAUCCUCAAUGGUGUAUUUCACACCUCCAGAAAUUGACUCAAAUGCCAGCAUCACCAAAACCACCAUCACCACAAUCACAUCUACCAAUUCCACUCACAGUAACGCCUUCCAUGGAAUCAGAAAGGACGUCACUGCCACUGAGCUCCUGGAAUCUAAAAUCAUUGACAAGAAGCUCUUUGAAGAUCUCAACACUGGAAAGGUCACUGUGACAGAGGUCAGCGAGAUGGACUCUGUGCGCCAGUAUUUGGUGGGAACCAACAGUAUUGCAGGAGUGUACCUUCAGUCCAACCAGGAAACCAUGAGCAUCCACCAGGCCAAGUCCAAGGGUCUGCUCACCCCUGGAACCUCCCUGGUCCUGCUUGAGGCGCAAGCAGCCACUGGCUUCAUCAUAGACCCAGUGAAUAACAAGAAACUCUCAGUAGAAGAAGCGGCAGCUCAAGGUGUAAUUGGCCAUGACUGGAAAAAGAAACUGCUUUCAGCUGAAAGAGCGGUGACUGGAUACAUAGAUCCUCACACUGAUAAGACCAUUUCUUUGUUCCAGGCCUUGCAGAAGGACCUCAUUGUAAAGGAUCAUGGAAUUCGUCUCCUUGAAGCACAAAUUGCUACAGGGGGCAUCAUAGACCCAGUGUACAGCCACAGAGUGCCAGUAGAGGUUGCCUACCAAAGAGGGUACUUUGAUGUGGAAAUGAACCAGAUCCUGUCUGAUCCUGAUGAUGACACCAAGGGCUUUUUCGACCCAAACACACAUGAGAACCUCACCUAUCUCCAGCUGGUGGAAAGAUGCAUCAGAGAUCCAAAAACAGGGUUGAGUCUGCUGGUCAUUGCAAAGAAGGGAGAGUUUUACUUUUUUGUUGAUGAGGCAACAAAACUCAUUCUGAAAUCAACAACAACGACCCGAGCUGGAGGAAAAUACCAAGGAAAGAGUGUUUCCCUGUGGGACCUUCUGUACUCCAAGUACAUCACUGAAGAGGAAAGGAGGGAGCUGGUCCAGCAGUACAAGUCUGGAGCCAUUAACAUUGAACGCUUCAUGGAGAUCAUUCUCACCACCAUUCAGCAGCAGACCACAACAACCACAACAUCCUCAAUGGUGUAUUCCACACCCCCAGAAAUUGACUCAAAUGCCAGCAUCACCAAAACCACCAUCACCACAACCACAGCUACCAAGUCCACUCACAGUAACACCUUCCAUGGAAUCAGAAAGGACGUCACUGCCACUGAGCUCCUGGAAUCUAAAAUCAUUGACAAGAAGCUCUUUGAAGAUCUCAACACUGGAAAGGUCACUGUGACAGAGGUCAGCGAGAUGGACUCUGUGCGCCAGUAUUUGGUGGGAACCAACAGUAUUGCAGGAGUGUACCUUCAGUCCAACCAGGAAACCAUGAGCAUCCACCAGGCCAAGUCCAAGGGUCUGCUCACCCCUGGAACCUCCCUGGUCCUGCUUGAGGCGCAAGCAGCCACUGGCUUCAUCAUAGACCCAGUGAAUAACAAGAAACUCUCAGUAGAAGAAGCGGCAGCUCAAGGUGUGAUUGGACAUGACUGGAAAAAGAAACUGCUUUCAGCUGAAAGAGCGGUGACUGGAUACACAGAUCCUCACACUGAUAAGACAAUUUCUUUGUUCCAGGCCUUGCAGAAGGACCUUAUUGUAAAGGACCAUGGAAUUCGUCUCCUUGAAGCACAAAUUGCUACAGGGGGCAUCAUAGACCCAGUGUACAGCCACAGAGUGCCAGUAGAAGUUGCCUACCAAAGAGGGUACUUUGAUGAGAAAAUGAAUCAGAUCCUGUCGGAUUCUGACGAUGACACCAAAGGCUUCUUCGACCCAAACACACAUGAGAACCUCACCUAUCUCAAGCUGUUGGAGCGAUGCAUCAGAGAUCCACGAACAGGGUUGAGUCUGCUGCCCUUGAACAAGUAAUCUCUAACACCUAAUCAUCCCCUUUGACCUUUUUUUCUAUCUUGCUUUUGAUGAUUAAUAUUAAUUAGAUAUGCAAAUGAUUUCCGGCAAACCUAUAUAUAUAUAUUUUAUCUUACAUUUAUAAUGCUUGGUGUAUUUUAUGAAAUGCAUUCCGGGAAAUAAAUGUAAACCUUUAUAAACACAAUUAUGUUGAAAAUAAAAUGUAAGACCCUUUUUGUUUGUCUAUUCAUGU